AUGCUGGCUGGCUUCGCCUUUAACUUCCUCACCGCACCCAUGCCCAAGGACAAAGAGCCUUGUAUCUGGUUGGAGUUUUUCUACUUCUUCUGCGUGAGCACGGCCUUAGGUGCAGAGCUGGGCGUCAUCGUUAUUUCCAGCUACCUCUCAGUUUGGGCACCUUCGCUGGCCCUGCGCGGGAAGCGCGGUGCCGUUGAUCUGCACAAGGCGUGUGACACGCUGCGAGAUUACCAAGCGCUGGUCUUCUCUUGUUUCAUGUGUGGGUGGAUAGUGCACUUCAUCGCUAGCAUCCUCCAGGUCUGGAUUUUCUACAAGAGGUCCAUUGCCGCCUUCGUGUCCAUCCCGUUCUUCCUCUUCACGCUGGCCAUCAUCUGGUACCUCAUCGAUCUUCGGCAAAAGCUCAGCUUGGCAGAAACGGAGGUGGUCACGGGGAAGAUUUCCCACUUUCAGCCGUACGAACAGAUCGGGGAUUUGGACCACGGUCUGGCAGGAAGCGGGCAGCCAACCCGGGCUGGCGGAAGCCGCGGAGCCUACAGCCGCGUCCAGCAGGAUGCGCCGGAAAGCUUGCAGCCGAGGUCGAGUGGCAGCUAA